UCAUAUACCUUUAUGUGUCGCUAAUUUAGAGGUAACUUGUGGUUUGAAGAUAGCCGUAGGACUGCGUAAUGUUUGUUAGCUUAAGUAAAGCUUCCACCUUCCUGUAGCAGCGUCCAUCCGUCUUUGUGCCAGCAAUGCCCCUAAUGUGCUAUAAUCUUCACACAGCUCCUCUCUCCAGUGUUUAUUAAUGCGUUUGUCAGCAGAAUGAAUGUUAAUUUAUUCAAAUAAGUCAACAGUUAAGAUGGAAGAAAACCAGUAUACAUCAUUGACGGUUCCCACGGAUUAUUUUCAGCAGUGGUACCAGUCCAGCCAGCAGCAUCCUGAGGCGCAGUAUGUAAUGCCGUAUCACAACAUGGGCCAUUACACAGAAGGUCCCAGAGAUGAUCUCGUCAUGGCAGAGCUGUCUGUCCACCGGGAGCCCCCUCUUUAUCAGGACCCUCUUUAUCAGAACUGUCCCCCUGCCCAAAAUCACUACCAGGACCUGACCUACCAGCAGAACGUCAGGGAGCAGCAGCAGCAGCAGCCUCCUGCACAUCAGCACCACCCUCAGCAUCAACAUACAGUACAGCAGCAGGAGCAGAGUGUUCAGCACCAACCUCAGCCUGCCGGUCCACCUCAAGUUGUGACACCAGUGAAGAAGAAGAGAGGCCGGCCUCCUAAGCAGCAGGCGGAGGACGGCAAGGCGCAGGAAGAGGAGGAUGAGAUUGAGGCCGCCAAAAAAGCCAAGAGGGCUCUCAACCGCUUUAACGGCAUGUCAGUGGCUGAGGUUAUGGCCAAAACCCUGCCAGACGUUAUUACCUACAAUCUUGACAUUUUGAUAAUUGGAAUUAACCCAGGACUAUUGUCAGCCUUCAAAGGACACCAUUACCCAAACCCAGGAAACCAUUUCUGGAAAUGUCUGUUUCUUUCCGGUCUAACUGACCAGCAGCUCAACUACAUGCAUGACCAGAGUCUGCCAGAGAAUUAUAGCAUCGGCUUCACCAACAUGGUAGAGAGGACUACACCUGGCAGCAAGGAUCUCUCCAGUAAGGAGAUUCGUGAAGGAGGCCGACAGUUACUUGACAAGCUGCAGAAAUACAAGCCAUUAAUAGCAGCUUUUAAUGGAAAAGGUAUUUAUGAAAUCUUCUGCAAAGAAACAUUUGGUGUGAAGGCGAAGAAUCUCGAGUUUGGUCUACAGCCCUACAAAAUUCCAGAAACUGAAACCGUGUGCUACUUGAUGCCAUCAUCAAGCCCCCGCUGUGCCCAGUUUCCUCGAGCACAGGAUAAGGUGCAUUUCUACAUCAAGCUGAAGGAACUGCGAGACCAGAUGAAAGGCCUGGCACCCAGCCACGAGGUGGAAGAGACACAGUACUCGUUUGAUCUGCAGCUAGCUAAAGAGGAUGCUAAGAGGCUUGCAAUUAAAGAAGAGCAGGUGGAUCCAGAGUAUGAAAGCUGCAGUGUGCUGCAUGAUGACGUGAGGCAAAGCAGCAACACCUCCAACUAAGAGAGACUGAGGAGAGGUGAAAGAACAGGCCUGUCUGCUGUAGCACACAGAAAUGGAUAUUGUAGGCCACUCAGCCGCCAACAUGACAUGGAACCACUGUAGCUGAAGAUGUUCACUCAACAGAUACCAGAUAUCAGCUCUACUAGUAGCAUGAUGCAUCAAUGGGGGUAAAAAAAACCUCUGAUGACACCACAAGAGAAGAGGAGUCUUGCAGUUUACUGUGGCAUCGCAAUGUGACGCACAAGGGAAAAAGUUCCCACAACAGUUACAUUUUUUAACUCUCAAACAAACUGUGCAUGUUUUUGGUGUUAUUUUAUAUCACUAUUUAUUGCAUUUUGUAUGGUACGUGUGUCCAGUGACUUAUUUUUGUAUUUUAAAAAAAGACAUUUUAUGAUUUAUCACAUGUAUAAAUAUGUAAUUGUACUCUGAAUUUCUAAUCUGUAAUUACAGAGUUAUUAAAUCUUUUCUAAAGCUGGCA